CAAUAUCGAUAUCACAUUCGUAAAUUGUUGACGCCCUCUCCGUUCGUUUGUAAAUAUUUCAUAGUUUGGCUGCCUUAAUUUGGAUCGAUUUAGCUGUGCUUUUCCCAACUAAACAUCGAUUCAACCAUGGCAACAUAUUCUGACAACACACCUGAGAAUCCAUCUCCUGUCGAUGCGACCAUUCAACAACAGAUGAAGGAAGGUCGCUACCAGUUCACAGACGAGGAAAAGCGGGCUUUGCGGGAAUGUAGAUUUGAGAGUUUUUGGUACCGUUCCUUUCCUAUUGCCACUGUGUCCGGACUGUCAACACACAUGCUUGUGCAGAGAGGAAUUCUGAACCCUAGCAAACGCUUUGGUUCCAUCCCAAAGGUGGUGUUUGCCACUAUGUGUGGCUACAUCUUUGGCAAGAUGCUCUAUGUUCAGAAGUGCCGUGAGAAGUUCCUGAAGCUUGAAAACUCUCCCUUUGCCGAGAUGAUGAGGAGGGGCAGAGGGGGCAUGCCACCUGCCGAGUUUGGCGGGAUGAGUAUACCUGGGUAUGGAACUGGAAGCAACCCACCUGUAGAGGAAGAACUUUCUGUCGAUGAUAACUUCCGACCAGACACACCUUGGAGUGGAGGACACGACCAGAGAUUGAACAUGGAUAUAGAUACCAGCCAAGUCAAGGGAAUAGACAACACCUUCGAUUCUGACCUCGCCAAGCGUCGCGAGGACGAGAGGGCAGCCUCAAAGCGGGAAUUCACAGGAACCUACGACGAGCUCCGGAAGCACCACCGAGCGAAGAAUGCACAGCAGUACACCCAAGUUCUUCCAGGUCAUUACCAGCCGAGGUCCCCACCUGAUGUUACUCCCCAUCAAGAUCAACCAAGGCCAAAGUUGCCUGCCCAGGAUGAAUUCAGUCUUGGUGCUCGAAACAGGAGUAAAAUGCUAAAUAAAUAUGGAGAUUCAUGGGAGAAAGAAUGAAUAUGUAUCCCUGCUGGUGGAAUAGAAGCUUAGAUGUAUCUAUAAAAAAAAUAAUAAAAAAAAUCACAUUACAAUGAGAAUGAUAUGAUUGUCUUUCUUUGCCUUGUCAUAAUGAUUAUUUUGGGGGGUUGGUUUGGAAAGGAUGUCAUUUGAAAAAUUAUCUUGUCAUUAAAAUCUGAGGUCUUGUCUCUCUUCAUGUCUUGUGACCAUGCGAUAUAUAACUUCUUUGAUCCAGUUAAAAUUUCUUCAACAAAUAUGACAUAAGCUUUCAAAUUUGUAUCUUUUAUCAAACUAGUAACGGUAAACUCCUUCCAUUUCAUCUAUCAGUUCAUCAUAAUCUUGGAUGUAUUGCUGUUGAUUUAUGAAAAUUGCAACCACUGGUUUCAUAUGCAAUUGUUAGCAAAAUCACUUUGCUUCCCAUUUUUUAACAACUCCUUCUGCAUACAUAUCAAGAUCUUAGAUAAUAUUUUGUUUUUUAAAUGAAAUAUUGCAUUUGUUUCCCAUAUGAGAGUCAAAUUGGCCUUUUCCCCUACUUGUAUUCAUAACUUGGGCUUCAUUUUGUAUGAUUUAUAAAAUAAAUAUGUGAUGCAUGAUAUUUCUUUGAAGUGGCAAAACUGAGUUAAGAUUCUAUGAUUGAUUGAAUAAGAAUCACAUUGAAAAAGGGAAAGUUAAAGUAAGUAAAACAAAAUUUGAUGAAUUAUGACUGCAGUGUGUAUUUGAAAGGAGUAAAUGAUGAUUUGUGGCUAACCAGGUAGCAUACACAAAUGUAGUAUUCAGAAGCGAGGGGCCACAUCCUCCCCUCGAAAACUGGCCAAUAUAUAGAUAAAAAGGGCACUUUCAUUGGGUCCCCACGUCUUACCCUAUCUCGCCUGCUUGCAUGCAACAGAUUCCAUCACAUCCUGACUUCCAUCAACACACUGCUGAGAUCCACAAAAUAAAGUCCAAGUGUUGCACAGUUCAAAGUUGCAAGUCAUGUUCCCAGAGGCAUUCAAUUUUUGAUUGAUUGAUUGAUUGGUGGUGAUUUUUUACCUAAGUUGUAAGCAAGCAACCAGAGGACCAACGGCUUAAGGUUCUCUCUGAAGGACCUGGUACUGAGGAUUAAUGCCUUACCAAAGGGCACUAGCGCACCAAGUGGGAAUCGAACCCGGGUCACCGGAAUACAAAUCCCCGCUCUGCCGACUGAGCUAUCGUGCCUCUUCUUUUAAUUUUAAUUUAAUAACUCAAACAACAAACUGAUCAGAAUUAAUCAUUAAUUCAUCACAAGACCCUCAACUUUUGCAGGUUCCAAAGGUGUUGUCACUCAGAAACUAGAAAGCCCAGAAAGCUAAUUCCUACCAAAUUUAAUUUUCAUUCCCUUUAGUUGGCAGUGCUCACUCAAGCAUGAAUAGUUUUCCAACUGUUUGGUGUCAUUUGAAAGUUGAGUUUAUUGGCUUUCCAAUGUAAGCGUUUCCCUCAUAGUGAUACAUUUUUUAUUCGGCAGCCAUUUCAAAAGUGUAUAGUAUUUUGAGACACCGUAGUUCUAUUUCUUGACGACGACGAUGAUGAUAUUUGUUUCACAUUACACUAUUACGUCACUCUAUUGUGCAUAGAAAAUGAUAACCAGACCACCCAAUUUGUCCUUGUGAACAAUUAAAUCUAGUUUAUAUGUAUGUUAUCAUAUGAAAUAAUUUUCAUUCAAAUUUUGUCCUCCCAAGGAUGAAAAGGAUAAUAGAUAGACUACUGGUUUUAUGUGUAAGAUAAUCAUUGCUUGAACUCAUUUUGAUACAAGGGUGACAUGUACACACUUCUUAAAAUAUGAAAUAUGAUUUCAUGUAGUAACAUAAGAGAAUAGAUAAUCAGGACAUGGCAUCCAAACUAUUGCAUAUUUAUUAGAGUGUUCUUACAACUUUUUUCACACAAUAUUACAAAAAAUACUCAAUAACUUUAUGUCUUCAGUAUCAAUCAGAUUUUGAUGAAUUUUAGCAUUUAGCUCUGUGAAUUUACUCUAUUUAGAUAUAAAUAUUCAACCCAGA